GCUGUGGCGUUGCAGUUAGUAGCCACAUGGAGGCAGAGGUUCGCCUUGCACUUUCUGAAACAAAAGUUUAGGCAAAAAAAAACUUGCGCUCAGUGUCUCCAACCUUUAAUGGGCUGAGAGAGAGUAAAGCAGACAGCAGCCCAGGGAGCUAUAGCUGUGUCUCUGUGUCUGAGCUCUAGCCUGGGAACUGGGAACACUUUUGCUGGGAAUUCUGCUGGGGAAUUUCACUGCGUUGGUUUUGAACUUGGCUCAACUUUGGAAAGUAUUUCUGCUGCAGUUUGUUUCUCUCUCUCUCUCUCUCUCUCUUUCUCUCUCUCUCUCUCCCUAAGUCUGGAAAGCACCAGCAGCCCAAGAGAGGGGGAAAACUGGAGACCAUGUCAUCCGCACAGGAGCUGACUCUGGGGAGACUAGAACACACAGAGACCUAGGUGAGCUGAUCCAAGAUGCCACACAGGACAUUUGGAACAAUGACGGCAUCCGAGCUUUGGGAAUGUUGGACAGAACGUUCCCGGUGAUGGAUCCCUCGCUGACAGCUGCGGAACGCUCGCCUCUCCCGGUCGGGUGUGAGGCGUGAGCCGUGCGGGAAGGGGAAGAAUGGAUCAGGAGAGCGAGGUGGACCUGUCUAACAUGACCAUCACUCCGCUGUGGAGAAAGAGACGAUUGGCUUCCAGACUGACCAAAUCUGCCAGCUCGGUGCCUUCAAACCUCCUGGGCAAAGCCAGGCCGGCUGCUUACCAGAACCACAGCCUGCAAAAGGCAGACUUUGCUGUGGACGGGGUGCCUUUGGGGGGGUCCUCGCCCGGCAUGGCUCUGAGUCGCUCCCUGAGCGGCAGAGUGACGUCCCAGCGCCGGAGCCUGAGCCUGAGCCAGUCGCUGCCGGCGCCAGGGGAGGAAGCCCCCGUGGUGUUGAGCACGCACAGUGUCGUGGCCCUCAGGAAUGGCGAGCGGCAGAUCAUCCCCAGGGACCUGGCCUCGGGAAUGAGGCCUCGAGGCGAGAGCGACGCCAGGAGCCGGCGGGCCCUCAGUAUGCUGGAGAUGCCCACCAGCGGCCCCCUGGUGCCCAGGCCCCAGUGCCCAGCGAUUGCCAGCCCCGCUCAGCUCCGCCGAGGACUCAGGUCCACCUCCUACCGGCGGGCGGUGGUCAGCGGCGUCCAGUUCGAACGCAUCCCGAGCAUCUCGGACAAUAACAGGACAGCACAACCCACUCUGACCCCCGUGGCUGAGGGUCGGGACCGGCUGUCCAGCCCGGCUCUAGGCAAGGAGCAGAAGAAGAGGCUGUGCGCGAGCCAGGGAGCCUUCGAGGAGGAAGAAAACGCUGUUCUUUAUCAGAACUUCAAGGAGAAAGCGCUGACCCUGGAUAACGGUGACACGGAUGAGGAUUCCGAGCGGACCGCGCGGACAGAGCGUGAAAACGCUGAGCGUCCGGCCGUGCUGGAAUACAGGCCGAUCUCGGCCUCCUGGAGCCAACUCUCCCAGGUGCAGGAGAGUGGAAUAUUACAGACCGUCAGUCAACAGGAGACCAAAAGGCAGGAGGCCAUCUUCGAGGUGAUCUCCUCUGAGCGCUCCUACAUGCUGAGCCUGGACAUCCUGAUCCGAAUGUUCAAGAACUCAGAAGAGCUGAGUGUCACCAUGACCAAAAUCGAGAGACACCAUCUCUUCUCUAACAUCACUGAUGUCUCCCGCUCCAGCUGCAAGUUCUACACUGAGCUGGAAGGCCGGCACCAGGAGAACGUGCUGAUCCCCGACAUCAGUGACAUCGUAGAGAAACACUCCACCUCCACCUUCGAUCCCUAUGUCAAGUACUGCUCCAACGAGGUGUACCAGCAGCGCACGCUGCAGAAACUGCUGGACACAAACCUCAGCUUCCGAGAAGCUCUGGCAAAGAUUGAAGCCCACCCCGAGUGCAGGAACCUGCCCAUGAUCUCCUUCCUCAUCCUCCCCAUGCAGAGGGUGACCCGACUCCCUCUGCUCAUGGACACCAUUUGCCAGAAAACACCCAUCGACAGUGCAGAGUACGAGUGUGCCACCCGCGCCCUGAAAGCCGUCAGUAAGCUGGUCCGUCAGUGCAAUGAGGGAGCCAGACGGAUGGAGCGUACAGAAAUGAUGUGCACUAUUAACAGUCAACUGACCUUCAAGAUAAAGCCAUUUCCUUUGGUCUCUUUCUCUCGCUGGCUGGUGAAGAGAGGUGAACUGACAGCCUUUGUGCAAGAUAACGGGAUAUUUUCCAAACGCACCACCCGCCAACAAGUCUACUUCCUCCUCUUCAAUGACGUCCUGAUUGUUACAAAGAAGAAAAGUGAGGACAGCUACAGUGUGACUGACUACGCACUGAGAGACCAGCUACAGGUGGAACUCUGUGAGGCUGAGCAGCUUAACCUGUCUCCGAUGAAGAGCUCUCCCAGUAUGCUCUACUCCCGCCAGUCCUCGGCCACUCACCUCUUCAGCCUGACCAUGCUCAGCAACCACGCCGCAGAGAGGGUGCUCAUGCUCCUCGGAGCCGAGUCUCUGAGCGAACGAGCCCGUUGGUUCACGGCCCUGGGGCAGAGCAGCACUGAUAGACAACACCCAGACAGGACAACGCUCACCCAGGUGGAGAUCACAAGGACGUUCCCCGCCAGGCAGCCUGAUGAACUGUCACUGCAGGUGGCUGAUGUGGUGCUGCUGUACCAGAGGGUGGAAGAUGGCUGGUACGAAGGGGAGCGUCUGAGGGACGGAGCGAUCGGCUGGUUUCCCAUGGAAAUUGCCAAGGAGAUCACCUGCCCUGCCACGAUCAGCAGCAACAUACAGCGGAUGGGCCGGCUGCUGGGACUGGAAACCAAUGUGUAGAACGUGAUGAGGGACACAAAAACGGUGACGGCUCGCUGUGACAGACAGCGUCAAACCCCACACCCAGCUCCCAGAGAGAGAGAGAGAGAUGCCAAUUCACAUCUUGUGAUGAACUUAGUGAGAAGCCAGUCAAGGCGUGGGCUGGGGAAGCGAGUGAGAGAGGAAAGACUGAGAACGAAUGGAAAAGGGGGAAAUGGGGAUCAAGGCUGGGCGGAGGCUGGAUGUACACAAAUAAAAUGCAGCAGGAAGAUCCUGGCAAGGAGCUGCGGAACUUGCACUACAGGCUUGAAUUAAGUUGCCUCUGAAUCUCAACAAAUAAUGAAUUAGGAACAUAAAUGAAUUGUUGGUCAGAGGGCAGAGUUAACCUGCUGGCAAGAAGCUGUGGCUUUAUCUAGGGUAGGAGUCGUUGUCUGGACUGGCAGCAGCCCUCCUCCCAACCACGCUCUCUGUAAAUAACCCUGUUGAUUUAUUUUGUGAUGACUUGGGAUACAUUUGUUUUAUACAAAGCUGCUGCUCAGCGAUUUAUCACAUGAAAGCUGUUGCUGACUGGGAACUCCCUGGUUGUGCGACUGGAUAAAUAAAGCUGGUUUGUUAGUUA